AUGGUUUGGGAUCACUUUACAAGAAUAUCAAAAGGGGAUCCCACUAAACCUAGGGUUGCAUGUAAUUACUGUGGUGCUUCGUAUGCGUGUGAUACAAAGAUCAAUGGUACAAAGUCUAUGAAGCAUCACAUUGAGAAGCAAUGUAAGAAAGGUCCAUUUAAGAAUACGGAUAAGUCCCAGACGACUCUAGGUUGGAAAAUGGAGGGAGGUAGUGGUGGUGGGAGACUUGUGCCCAUUUCAUUUAGUGUUGAGGCUUGCCGACAAGCCUUGACAGAGAUGAUUAUUGUUGAUGAGUUGCCAUUUAGGUUUGUUGAAGGGGAGGGUUUUAGAAAGUUUAUGCUUGUGCAAGAGUUACAGUCAGAAGACUCUUUGGAAAGCAGGUCAGAGGUUGAUAGAUAUCUAGCUGAAAAAUGUGAGGAUGAAGGUGAUAAUUUUGACCUACUAAAUUGGUGGAAGGUGAAUUCAGUUAGAUAUCGCGUACUUUCAAAGGUUGCACGCGAUGUACUUGUAAUACCGGUAUCUACUGUGGCCUCUGAAUCUACAUUCAGCACUGCGGGUCGUGUACUUGACCCUUUCCGAAGUAGUUUAAAUCCGAUGAUGGUUGAGGCUCUCAUAUGUACACAAAAUUGGCUCCGUUCUUCCUCUACUCCAAUAAGCCUUAGGACUUUAAUAGAUGAAGUGGAGGAAUUUGAGAAGCAGAUAGAUAUGGGAGAACUUGUUGGGGAAUUGGCUUAUUCUGCAGAAGGAUCAAAUGAAAUGGCUACCGAGUCUUAA